ACAUAAAAAAUCAUAACAAAGCAAAGUGUCAGUGUCAUUUAUUGAAUGUCAGCAAAUGGAACCUAAAACUCACAACAAACUAAAAAAUCAAUGUCACUAAUAAUAUUAAAAUAAACUAUAAUAGUAAAUGAAUAUUUCAACUUCCAAACAGUAUUCCGCCAUAGUUAUAAUUCAAAAUUUACUUUUACUGUUUGAUGUUUGCGUCAACUCAUUCUCCAGCUUUACUCGAUCUAAUCCUGUUGAACUUUUAUCUCUUUACAUAAUCCAGGAUUUCGGUUUGAUUGUCGCACUGACAUUGCUGUUGGUCAAUUUCUUUGCCACUUAUAUUUUCCAGACGGGUCUUAUUCAAUUAUUGUACGUAAGGUUUCGUACAACUCUGGUACUAUGUGUUCUCUACAUAAUAUUGAGUAUCAUUCUUCAUAUCUGGCACAUGACAAUUCAUUGGAAUCAACCUUUAACUCAUUACUGGACCAAAGGUUUCCAUUGUCUCUAUUCAAUUCACAGAACAGUUGCAGUAAUUUACUAUUACUUUUACAAGAGAGCGUCUCUCAGAAUAAGCGACCCAAGAUUUUAUGAGGGCUCAUCUUGGAUGGAAAAACAACUUAAUCUUACGUAAAACAAAAAAACAAGACUACACCUACACCAAAGACUUGAUGUACUUUUUUACAAAUUAAAAUAUGACAUAAUUAAAGUAGGUAUUUUAUACUUUCAUUUUACAACCAACCAUACGCGUAUUCUGUAUAAGUAAAUAAUUAAAAAGCAAAACAUUAUUUUUAA